CCGGACACUCGGACGAGCGCGGAACAAAGGGCCAAACAUACUCCGAGUCCGCUCCGCCUCCGGGUCCCGGGUUACCUGCGCAGCUCCUUGCCCAGGCCAGUCCCUCCAUGCUGUCUUCAAGCCCUGCUUCCUGUACUUCUCCCAACCCUGACAAGGAGAGCCCGAGUAAAAAGGUCCAGUGGGCUUCUGGGAGGAGUAGAACAUCAUCCACAGACUCCAAGUCCCACCCUGACCCCUCCAAAGCGUCCAGGUCUCGGAGAUCAAACCGGCUGACGGUGAAGUACGACCGGGGGCAGCUCCAGAGCUGGCUGGAGAUGGAGCAGUGGGUGGACACCAAGGUUCAGGAGCUCUUCCAGGAUCAACCAACCCCUUCUGAGCCUGACAUUGACCUGGAGGCACUCAUGGAACUCUCCACAGAGGAGCAGAGAACUCAGUUGGAGGUUCUUCUCCGAGACUGCCGCUGCCCCACAGAGCCUUUUAUCUCUGAGUUACUCAGUCAACUCAAGAAGCUCCGGAGACUCAGCCGGCCUCAGAAGUGAGACACGGAGACUACGGUCAGCAGCCUCAGCACUGUUGGGCCGCUCUGAGUCUCUGGGCCCCGGGCUGAGAGGGAAGUGGCUGCUUGGGACACGAACAGGGAACGCUGGAAGAUGAGGAGGGACAUUUGGACAUCCCUAUUGUAUAUACAGUUACAGCUAGUUCUUGUCAUCUGGGUUUCGGUGAGCCAGCCACACUGUUGCCCAGUGCUUCCCUUGACAGCCAAAUGGAUAAAACCUUUAGGAGCCCCAACUGCAUGGAGUGUGGAGCUUAUCUGGGCUGAGGGGGGAGGGGGGUGAAGUGAUACACCAGCAUCCUGCGUCACUGCGCUCUAUCCACACGCCCCAUGCAUCCAAACAUCCAACCAGUCCUUGAGAAUUUAAAGAUGAAGGUCACAAUUCUACUUCAGGGAGACCACAAUUCACCAAGGCCCAAAGGCUAAGACACAAAGCAUCCUGGCGUCAACAAGAAGAGCCCACGUGGCAAAGACUAGUGUUGAAUCUCAGAGAGGUAAUGGGAAAAAACUUGGAUCUGGGGCAUCGGGGAAGCCUAAACCCUCCUACCCCCCUAAAUGAGGCAGGCAGGAGGCCUGAGGUUGAGGACUCUUCCUGGAGCUGGCUCUAGCCAGAGGAAGAGAAAAAGCAGGGGCUAAGCAAAGGGCUGUGAAGGGGUACAGGGUAAGAGGUCAGGGGUCAGGUCAGGAGGGAGUUGCUGGAAACAGACACUGAGUCAGCACGGGGCAGGCUGGGACAGGAGCCCUGGGAGGCUGUGCCCUUUGGGAGGAGGGCAGGAAGCAGGGUCUGUACCCAUUGUUUGUGCACGCGGGGUCUGCGUGCUAGAGGCCGACAGCCCAAUGUGGGAGCGCCUAAGGGCCAAGUUGGGCUGCCCAGAGCAGGAUGCACAGUUCAGCUCAAAUGAACGAAUAUUCAUGUCUACUGCCCACGAGGCCUCUGAGAGGGGGGUACUGUUCCAGGCUGGAGAAUCUUACUUGAGGGCAGAGUCCUUUCCAUCUUUC